AUGGGAGGCUUCAGCCAGGAUUCACCCAAGUCAGGCAUGGAGCUCAGCAUCCUAGGAAGUCUCCUCUAUCAUGCGAAACGGCAUCCGUAUCAUAUUUUGGCGGUGAAAACAUUUCUUGAGCUUGUUGGGGCUCGAGACAGUCUCUUUAACAACGUAAUGCGGCAAGGCCCAAACAACUACACCAUGAACGCGCUACAGUUCACCAUCCUGUACACCAUGGACGCGGCAACCAUUUCCACUGGCACCGAGCUAUUGGCUGUACUCUUGCAGACAUUCAACCAUCCCAGGAACCACUUGGCCUGUCAAGAUGGUCCUAGGAGACUUUCUCUGCUUCACCUCGCUGUCAAACACGGGAACUAUGCCGCACUCGACAUUCUCCUCGCGGAGCCAGGUAUGAACGCCGACAUGAGGAAUGUCAAGAAUCUGACUGCAUUGGACUUGUGCUUGACUCGAUGGCAAGAUUCUAUACGGGAUGGUAGCGAUGACUAUCGGCUGGCGCUUAAAGCGGGUAUCAGCGAAGCAGCGGCAAGAGCUGGAUGGGAAGCAACCACCGAAGGCUUGAUAGAAUGCAUGGAGAGAAGAGGAGCCUCUCGGUAUGGGAAUAUCAAGACUGUUUUCAAGCGGCUGUCCCACUUCGAGAUGAUGUGGAUCCGCAUCUCAGGAGAAGGGAGGAUCCAAAGGGAUGGUUUCGAUCCUACUGGAAUUCAGUCAGAUGUAUUCUCCAGCGCUGAAAAGAAUGACACUGCGAGAGCGAUUGCGAAUCUAGAGGUUGGAGACUGUUUGUUCUUUUCUAGAUAG